AGGCAGAGAGGGUGAUGACUUUAUGUGAAUUAGGUUUGCAGGAUUAGAAGUGCGUAAAGUUUUAGAGACUGGAAACAUUGUCAAAUGCCUGAGAGUGAGAAUAGGUGAGGGGAAGAAUGAGUGGGACCAGGGUUUGGGGCGAUGUCCCCAGCUGUAAGUAACAGUAAUAAUGAGAGUGAGACAAGGUGUGACCUCGAUUUGGGGACUGAGGCAGAUGUGGCAAUAAAAUAGACAUACCAACCCUUCACUCAAGUAGGAAAGUUUGGGAUUAUCAGCUGAAUGUGCUCAGUACAAGUAUCACAUUUCAAAUGGUACAUAAUGUAUGAAAGUGCACAGUGAGUGAAUAUUAUGGGGCUCAUUUAUUAACAGAGGUGUAACCUGCCCAUUGCAACCAAUUGGGCUUUUUUUGUAACUUUUAGUUGACUGUUGAUAACUAAUUACUGAUUGGUUGAUAUGCGCAGGUAAGUAGGUAAGUACAUUAUGUGCCAGAAUAGUCAUGUAGCCAGUGACAGAACAUUCCCAGUGAUAUCGCUGUGUUUAUAUCAGACAGGUGUAAUUGUGCAGGUAAAAGCCACUCCCUAAGGCAAGGUGUUUACAGAAGGAAUGUGAAAGUGAAAAUAAAUAACAUUAGUACAAACAAGACUAUAGGGUUAGUAAUUUAGCUCCGUGGAACAUAAAAUCUGACAGAUAAGGAUUCUGUGCCCCCAGCUGGAGUUGUAUAUUGGAGUGAGUAUUCUCUAUAAGAACCAAACACAGACAAUAUACACAGGGACCAGCUGAAUUCCAGUUCAGAGCUGAUGUGGUUAUGGGGAGUCUGGAUACUGGAGCCAAACAGAAAGAUUAUCAAUAAGAAGAAGGAGCACAAGUCUGAUGGGAGAAUCAGAAAGUGUCACUAAACUGAACCAGUUCCUCAGGAUUCUGGGAAUUCUCUGCCUUUUCCUUCAGCACCAAACAGGUGCUGCUCUGGAGGUGUUUGCUCCUUCCCCCCAAAUAUCUGCAAAGGGAUCCAACAUCCUGAUUCAAUGCACAUUCCAUGUCAGGACAUUACCUGCUAAUCCCAAAUUCUUGACCAUAAAGUGGGAUUUGUAUGGAAGGAGAAUACUGACGUAUGACAAUGGAGUGAGCACAACAGACCCCCGGUUCUCUCUGAACUUAUAUACAGCAUCAUUGGGAGAGGCCUCUCUGUCUGUGUCUAAUACACAGGUAUCUGAUGGUGGGAGAUACACCUGUACAGUCACUUAUGGUACUGAGCAACAAGAGACACAAAUCAUACUGGAAAUUCAAGCCCCCCCACAGAUCACAAUCACUAAUAAAGUUGUUAGUGAGAAUAAGGAGAGUGUCCUGAGAGCCUCCAUCACUGGCUUCUACCCCCAGGAUCUUGAUGUUAAAUGGCUGAGAGAUGGGGAGAUAUUACCUGGUGUUACUGUGAAUAAGUCCCAGAGAGACCCAGAUGGCACCCACAGUACAACCAGCACAGUGACCAUUGUACCCACCAAGGAGAACAGGAACCAGAUCUUCUCUGUCCGGGUCCAACAUUUCUCUCUCACUGUCCCUCUACAGGAGGAUUUCCAGCUCAUCUAUGGAGUUGCCCCGUCCAUACACAUUAUCCAUGAGCCAUUUUAUGUGAAUAAGGAACAGACACUGAUGUGCAGAGUGUGGGGGUAUUACCCAGAAUCCAUUGCUGUGAGUUGGUUAGUGAAUGGAAGUCAUGUGGAAGCCUCAGAGAUAAAGAGGAUUAACAGUUCUGCUCUGGAGUCUUCCUACCAGUUCCUCCCAACAGCUGAGAGUCAGGGGAUGGAGAUCUCUUGUGUGGUGGAACAUCAGGCCCUCACCCAACCUCUUGUGGAGACACUAAAGGUGCAACUCACAGAUGAACACACAGAUGUGGCAACAGAACAAAGACAUGGAAAUAUCCAGAAUGCUACUAUUGGGAUUGUCGUGGGAAUAGUUGUUAUUGCACUUGCACUUAUUGUUAUUAUUAGUAUUAUUUUAAAAUGUUAUAACUUCAACAAAAAGAAACAACACAAUUCACCAGAGGAAGUUGUGCUUCUCCAGAAUGGAAACCCCAACAAUGAGCCAAUGGCACCGACAUUACAAGAACCUGUGGGAAUGUUCCUAAAGAAAGGAGGGGUAGUGGAAUGCACUGCUUUUCUGCACAACUUCUUUCCAGACUCAAUUACAGUUGAGUGGGUGUAUGAAAAUAAGACUAUUCCAAGUACUUUUAAUAGAUUUAAUAAUGAGGAUGGUAACACGUUUGAUGCUGAAAGCAAGUGCACAAUCCUUUGGCCAGACUUCAAGAAUGGAGUGAAAAUCAUUUGGAAACAUGAGUCCAUGGAAACGGAAGGGAAGUUGCUGCGAGAGCUGUGGGUAAAAGAUUUCCCGUGGCGCCCAGUAAUGUCAGAGAUACCCACUACUGAUAUGUAUGUGGGAACUGAGACAGAAAUCCAGUGUAACAUCUCUGGUUAUUUCCCUGAUAACCUCACUGUCACUUGGUAUAAGAAGAAGGAGAAUGGCAGAGAGGAACUGGUUAACAAAAGUGGGAGGUACCAGAUCCCAGAUAUCCUUUCCCAGGACCAACCGGAUCAGACUCUCAAUUGUACGGCACGUUUGUUUUUCUCUCCAUCACUGAGUGAGGAACAUGGAGCAGAAUUUAUCUGCAGAGUGGAACAUCCCAUUCUACAGAAACCCAUAGAGAAGAGCACCGGCCCAUUGGUUGUCAGGGACACACAAAGUUUAGAAGAACGUCUGGUUGACACUCAGAACACAACAGAUGAAGAAAACUCUCCUGGGGAACCACACAAUCCAAUUGAAACAACAAAACAGAAACAAGAUGAAGUUUCACAAUCACCAGGACUGAAGGGAACACACACUGAACAAGAACCCCAAAAAUCACAUCAUAAGGAUGAGGACAUGGGGAGUAAUGGAGACAAAGAUUCAGAGGAACAUAGGCUGACAGAAGCACAAGUCCAUGUAAUGCCAGAAAGUGAUGAUAGUGAUGCAGCACCGUCAGCAGAACCAAGUGAAAUGAAUGAAAUCCGUGAGGUGCCAACAUUAAAGCACCCCCAAUGUGAAAUACAGGACAAUUGCCAUCAAUCCCCUUGUCUCCCAAAUUCUGAUCUCACCCCUCCAGCAAGGCCCCCCAGUGUAUCUAGGCAACCAGUUAUCCCUCCUAAUUGUGCUCACCCCUUUACACCAUCAAAAACUGCUGCUGCCAAAUUCAUUGUGGGAAAGUUAAAGGCUGCAGAGGUGGGUCCGAGGGGGGAGAAUAGUGAUUUGGUAGAAGAGGAGACAAGUGGUGCAUCUUAUACGGACUAAAGAGAGACUGACGGAAAUGAACAUCAGUAAUAACUGCUGGAAUAUAAUACAAUAUAUAAUGAGAACCUCCACCCACAGUAAAGCAUUGCAUGAGUCCCAUUUAAA